AUGAUGAAGUUUGGUUUUACGUCAACAGAAAUUAAUGGUGAAGAGAGACCACAAUGUGUAUUGUGUAUGAAAGUUUUGGCAGCGGAGUGUAUGCUUCCAAGUAAAUUGAAGCGUCAUUUAGAAUCUAAUCACCACAGCAUGGUUGGCAAACCUCGGGAUUUUUUUGCCAGGAAGUUAAAAGAACUGAAACAACACAAAAAUACAUUUUUUAAGACUGCAUCAAUAGCAAACAACGCUUUGCUAGCAUCUUACAAGGUGGCUUACAGAAUCGCGAAAUGUAAGAAACCUCAUACCAUCGCAGAAGAACUUAUUCUACCGGCUGCUGUAGACAUGGUGACCAUCAUGGUUGGUGAGUCUGCUGGGAAAAUGCUUUUAAAAGUGCCUUUGUCCAAUAACACAAUUAGUCGAAGAAUACAAUAUAUGGUGGAGGAUAUCAACUAUCAAUUAAUUGAAAAAAUUAAAGGAGUGGAAUUUGGAUUGCAGCUAGAUGAGGCUACGGAUAAUAAUAAGGAUGCUCAUUUGAUAUGCUAUGUACGGUUUAUAGAUGGUAAUAAUAUUACAGAAGACCUUCUGUUUUGUAAAAGUAUCACUGCAGGAGCGAAGGCUCAGGACCUGUUCGAGAUUUUUGAUACAUUCAUAUCUGAAAAUAAUUUGAAUUGGUCUAAGUGCGUUGGUGUCUGUACUGAUGGAGCUCGCUCCAUGUCUGGCUGCUAUGGAGGAUUACAGGCACUUAUUCGAAGCAAAUCACCAAAUGCACUGUGGACCUAUUGCAUUAUUCAUAGAGAAGCGCUUGCGUCAAAGCAUCCGAGUCCUGCACUGAAUCAGGUGUUAGAAUGUAUGGUGAAUGUUCUGAUUGCAACGCGGAGGCUGCAGCAAGAAUCUAUCGGGAACGUUAUGGCGGGGAAAACACCCCCAAUGCCAAAAAGCUUCCGAAUGCUGGCGAAUCGUGCAUAUUGCACCGGCUCAUUAAUGCCGCAGCGGCAUGAUGUGGGUCGCACCACGGAACGCGUCGUUAAUGAGACCGAUGCAAUAUUGCACGAGUUCGAAAAAGACCGCACUACCAGCAUCAGUGAGUGUCAGCCAGAGCACGGUACAUAG